AUGCUGUCAACGCUCGUCGACCAAGGGUGGACCCAUCUUACGCGGAUUCGACAAGACGACAAUGUCGCCAAAGCUGUUCAGCACCGCCUUGCAGUGGGUGUUAUAGUCACUGGAUUGGAACGACAGAGUGGAGACGAUGUGAAAGAUCAACGAAGUAGGGAAGCAGAUAGGACUGCGAAUCAACCGGAGAAAGACUCAGUUCAGAAGAACGCUUUCUGCGAGGAUCAGGAAAUGGAGUUAGAAGGCUUUCCUAUCGCGUAG